GAUCAAAGCCACCCCGCCGAAAAUGUAAUUCUUAAAUUCUUCAUUUGUCAGUCGUUCGAAAAUCCAAAAUAAAACUUUUAAUAUUUUUAAUCGAAAUUUACAAAUUCGCAAUAAACCGCAUUCACCUUCACAUGGCAACCGUAUUUCUAUCAGAUUUAUUUCAAGAAUUAUUCACUAAGAAAACUUGCAUUUAUUUACCGCACAACCAUGAAAUAGUCAACGAAAAUUGUGUUGUUUGGGAAACAAAAUAUUUUUUCCGAAAGGAAGUGCAUUCGAGCCGAGGAAAACUGAGACUGGAAUCAACGCCAACCAACGAAAAAACAGAUUUAAAAGAGGAAAACAAAAAUAAUGAUUUCAAACGAAGUCCAGUAAUGGAAAAGCUCCGCCCAAUUGUAAAACAGAAGAAGGACGAGAAUAUAAAAGAUUCUGCUACAAUCAAAGCUAUGAUGAAGAUUAAAAGAAAUUCUGGUCGAAGUAAUGGUCAAGGUGGUCACGGAAACAACAAAAAUUCUAAGAUUUCUGAUAAAAGUAAAAUUCUGGUCAGUUCCACUCCGCGGAUGAACACAAGUAAGAUGAAUUCCGGUCGAAAUAACGCGAAGAAGAAUGAUAGUGUGAAUACGAAAAAAUAUUCAAACAAAACCCAGAGUGUGGCAGGACACGUUUCCAAUGUUUCCCAAAAUGUUUCUCAAUCAAAUGUGAUGAAUUCUACCAACAAAUACAUGAAAAAUAGUAUCACGACACUGGAUAAGGGAGCAGGGCGAAAGGAAAUUGUAGAUGGUGUAAAUCCUGAUGAGAAAAGAAAGACGGCAAACAGGAGCAGAAUGACCGGAGGACAGUUAUCGCAGAGUGAAAAUGUGAAUGCUAAAAAUAGAACAGGCAACAUGGAUUCUGUUGGAAAUGCUGUGAGAGAUGGUGGAUUGCACGCACAGAACAACAACUUCAACCAAAUUUCAGGUGUUAAUCAUUCAGAGGCGACUUCAAAGAUAACACGAGUCACCGGCCAACAACAUAUAGAUAACCAGAACAAAAAUGCUGGAGCGACAUUGGGUGGCUCAACCAAAACAAAAUCUUUUCUCCACUCUAACGCUUAUGACAAUGAUCAAAUAGAAACUGGCGACAUAGCAAGAAGUAAGUAUGGCAUCUUUGGGUCAUCUGAAUACGGAGUUAGAUCCUCGUUUCCAAGUAGAUGUAACAAAACGAAUUUAGUGUAUGAUGAGAGACAGAAAACGCUAAAUUUCGGUUCCCAAUGUACGGAGACCUCUUUUUUCCAAGAUGACAGCAUGGAUCUCGAUGAUAAGUUACAGACCUCCAGCAAAAGCCCCCAAACAGACGGUGGAAUUUUCGUUUUAAAAAUUACAACUGGACGUCAGGAUGUGCUUGAAUUUUGAACGAAUACUUUUUCGGUUGUAUAGCUUAAGAAGAACAAUAAAUUCAAAUUCUAAUAAC